UAUGAUGAAAGAAGUUAUUUUGGUAUUUUUUUAGUUUCUUUGAUUUUAUUUAUUAAAUUAUUAAUAGUAAUCAUUCAGUAUAUACUUGCUUUAUAUCAUACCUCUGUUUUAAUGUAAUAUGCCAUAAAAUGCUUAAAGAAUUCAAGGGAAACAAAUUAAGCAAGUAAGUUGCAAACACCAAGAUAUUUUCUUCAAUUUCAAUAUAGAAAUUAUUCUUCAAAAUGGAUAAUGUUGUAUUCAUUGGCGACUGGGUUAAAGAUAGAUUACUGGGAUCAGGAAGCUUUGGAACAGUAGUAUUGUGGAAACAUCAAAAGACCGAUGAAAAACUUGCAAUCAAGACGUGUAAAUGGGGCGAUGAACUCAGCGCCAAACACAAAGAAAGAUGGUCCAAGGAAGUGGAAAUGUUGCAAAAUUGCAAAAAUCCUAACAUAGUAAGCACGAAAGAGUUACCACAUGAAUUUAUAGCGGGAUUGGAACCCAUAAAUCCCUCAAAAUUACCAAUUUUAUGUAUGGAGUAUUGUAGUGGGGGAUCUCUUCGACAACUACUUAAUAAACCCGAAUCUUGUGGUGGCUUAAAAGAAGAACAAGUCAGACAAAUAUUAAAUGAUAUUGGAAAUGCUAUGCAGUUUCUUCAUCAAAAUAAAAUUACACAUAGAGACAUUAAACCUGAAAAUAUUGUCAUGCAGUUCUUAGAUACAACUGGCACCUGUGAUAUUGGUGGUGGCCAAGGUCAAAGGAGUAUGAUAUAUAAACUCAUAGAUCUCGGUUAUGCCAAGGAAAUUGAUUCAAAGUCAGUAUGUGCAAGUUUUGUUGGGACCUUGCAGUAUUUAGCUCCUGAAAUACUGUACAGUAAGACAUAUAGUAAUUCUGUUGAUUUUUGGUCAUUUGGUCUUCUUGCUUUUGAAAUUAUAUGUGGCACAAGACCAUUUCUACCAUUCUUGGCACCAGUACAGUGGAUGCCACAUGUCAAAAAGAAAGCUCAUGAAACCAUUUGUGUAUAUGAGACUUUCCAUGGUGACAUUGAAUAUUCAGAUGAAAUUUUUCCAGAAAACUAUAUUUCUAAACCUUUCAAGUUAAUGAUUGAAGAAUGGUUGAGACUUGCUCUUGAGUGGGACCCAAAAUUAAGAGGAAGAGAUUCCCCUUCCAAGGUUACAUUUAACAUACCAUCUGAAGACAAGGAAGUAACAAGUAAAGUUGUACUAUUUAGUCUCCUUUCAGAUAUUUUAUCAAAGAAAAUUAUUAAAAUAUUUUCAGUUUUUACUUCAUCCCAAUAUGCAUAUGAAAUUAAUGAUGAAACUCUAUUGUCAACACUUAAAUUAUGGAUAGAAAAAGAUACACAUAUUUCAGUUCAGGAUCAAAUUAUCAUUUCUCAAACAACAUACACAGAAGUUGAUGAUAAUGAACUGGUUGUAAAACAUUGGAAUGCAAAUUGUAAUGUCAUGUUAUUUGUCUACCACAAAAUUCAUCUUAUUAAAGAAAAUAUUGAACCUAUUGUACCUAAAACAGUUCAACGAUGCCUAGAACAUCCUAAGGCUUUGUAUAAUUUUAAGAACAGUCAAAAUCUGUACAGAAAUGGAUUUUACUUUGUUUUAUCACAAAUGGAAUUUUAUGACUCCCUUGUUAAGGGGUUAUUCGCUAGAGCUGAGUCAUUAAAACAUGAAAAAACUCAAAUGCUUCUAAAACAUAAUACAGUUGACAAAGAUAUCCGUGAACUUCUUGCUACUAAAGAGGUAAUCACAAGUAUGUGUGAAACAGGUAAGAAACAAAUCAAUGAUUUAAAAGAAAAUUGCUUAGGAACAAAUCUCCUAGGAGGUUUUGAAAAACUAUUCAAUGAUGCAGAUGAUCUGAAUGAUAAAAUUAGUAAACUACAAACAGCAUGGUCACAACUUACUGUUAGACUACAGUCGGCUGCUAGGCGGAGUAAUGAAGUAUUAUCUGCAGAUCUCAACAAUUUUAUACAAAAGUAUAAUUUUCAAAAUAUAUUCAAGAAUGUUGCAAGUGUUUACAUAGCAUAUAAGAAAAGCGAAUCUUAUAAUGAAUGCAGAGUUAAAGAGAAACAAUGUCAUGAUAUUAUGAAAAUAUCUUAUGACUGCCUCAAGUUAAGGAGCAAAAUUCUUUUAGAAAUUCGAAACCAAGUAUUUAUGCUGAAACUAAUAGAUUUAAGCACUGAAUUCUAUAAAAUAGCAGAUGUAAUAACACAUGCUGCAAAUAAUACUGCCAAUUUAAUAAAAGAAUCUGCCGUAGUUGUUGAUGAAUUAAAUAAAUGUACAUGGUCUACUAUAAGUUUACUUAUCAGGGAUGCCCAUAAUUUAGUUGAUCUACCAUACAGUGUUGUGUCUUUUCAAAAAAGCAAUUUUAAGAUUGGUGAAGCUGUAUCUAAUCACUGCAUGAAGAUUAAUAAUAAAAUUGAGAAUGAUGAGAACCUGACAUCAUUAAUUGAAGAAAGUAUAAAGUUAAAACGAGAUCAUAAGAAGCUUACUGAAAAAAUUAGUGUUCAGAAGCAAUUAUUAGAUAAAACAAAUUUUGAUUAUAGUUUCCUAAAUUCAAAAGAAUGAAUUCUUCUAUGGCUGUCUUAUACAAAUCAAAUUAAAUGUGCCUUAGAAUAGAUAAUAAUAUUGUAUUAUAAUAUAUCUGUAUUGAAAAAAAUGUACAAUAAUCUUAAAAGUAUGUUUAUAUGUGUAAUUUCUAUUUUAUAUAUUUUUUGUAAUUUUGUGAUAAUACAUUUUUGUUUUAAAUUUACAAAUAUAUGUAGAUAAAAAUUGUUAGAUUUUGUAUUACAAAAUUAUUAACAUGUUUAAUAUGGUAGAAUAAUUAAUUGAAUAUGAAUUCCUAGUCUAAAAAUUUAAGCCAAACUUUGUA